UGGCCGAACGAACGACUGAACCAAACAAAAUUUUUUCACAACAGUCGCGAGUCCGCGCGAGUGAGUUCAUAAUCGUGAUCAAAAAUUCAAAAUCCAAAACAAUUCCCAAUCCUUUCCAUUUGUGCUGGCAGCGACCGCCACUGACCGGCGCAAACUAUAAGAAUGUCCACCCGGGGAGCUCGAGACGACCAACCGGAUGAGUCCCAACUCUCGGUCCUGCUGGAAUGUUGCAUCUGUUUCCAAGGCCUUCGCAAGUGUCUGAUCUGCGUGGAAUGUUCGCACCCGUUCUGCCAGGAGUGCAUCGAUAGGUGGCUGCGGAAGGAGAGCACUUGCCCAUACUGUCGAGCUCACGUUGAAAAGAACCGGCUGGUCCGGUUCUACCUGAUGGAUCAACUGCACGAAGCGAUCGGACGGAUGCUGGCCGAGCAGAACCGCAAUCGCUGCGAGGUGCACGGCAGCCAACAGCUGUUGCUAGUUUGCCUGAGAUGUGAGCAGUGCGUUUGCGUGGACUGCUGGUACUCGGAUGGACAUGUGGAGCACAAGGAUGAGGUCGUCCCGAUGGAAAUUGCGUACAGUCACUACUAUCGGGAAACGAUGAAAGCUGAUCAAUCGGCUCAACUGAAGGAUGGCAAGAAAGGAGUGCAGGAUAAAAUCAAAAUCCUAUAUGAAGAAAAACAAGAUGCGCACACGAUGAAUCAAAUACUGGAACUUUGGAAAACCUUGGAAAAGCUCCAGAUAGAUGAGAAGGACAGCGCUACAUCCUAAUCAACGUCUAACUUGCAAUGGUUUUUUUUCUUACCUGUCCUAAGUCAUAUUUCA